AUGGCGCUUGUAACAACCAACUCCCGCCUCCGGAAGCUCAUUAUGUUGAAAGCAACCCAAAUUUGUGUUGAGGAGGACGUUGUCAGUUCAAAUGAUCCAGAGAACACCGGAAAACCCGCCCUUCCACAGUCGAGUUGGAAAAGUUGUGUAUGGGACACGUUUGACAAGUCACCCGAAGAGAGGAGGUUUCUUUUCAAGCUGGAUGUCGCUCUUCUUACCUUUGCAACACUGGGAUACUUCGUGAAAACGCUCGACCAGAACAACAUCAACAGCGCAUUCGUGUCUGGGAUGAAAGAAGACCUGGGCUUGUAUAAGAAUGAACUGAACUAUAUGCAAGCCUGUUGGACUGUGGGUUACGCACUUGGUGAGAUUCCGAGCAACCUACUUCUAACCCGCAUUCGCCCCCGAUACUGGCUCCCUGCCAUGGAAGUGUGUACCGCAGCAGCCUUGCCCGCCCUCGAUAUUUGCCUAAUGAUCGCGUUCGUAUAG